GUUUUAAAUGCAGCUGCCCAGGCUAGAAGAUCACACCCGAAGGCGUCCGGGAAUCUUCACUUUUUCGGUUGCUAGUAGUGGAAGGGUCACAGACCAAACACUAAGGCCUGAGCGGUGACAACCGAAGCGAGAUGAUGGUCAACAGGGAAUACCUAGUGGGAGAAAAAAGACAAUUUUAUUCUCAGUGCUGAUUUUGAGAUGAUGGGCUUGGGAAACGGGCGUCGCAGCAUGAAGUCGCCGCCGCUCGUGCUGGCCGCCCUGGUGGCCUGCAUCAUCGUCUUGGGCUUCAAUUACUGGAUUGCGAGCUCCCGGAGCGUGGAUCUCCAGACACGGAUCAUGGAGCUGGAAGGCAGGGUCCGCAGGGCGGCCGCGGAGAGAGGCGCCGUGGAGCUGAAGAAGAAUGAGUUCCAGGGAGAGCUGGAGAAGCAGCGGGAGCAGCUCGACAAAAUCCAGUCCAGCCACAACUUCCAGCUGGAGAGUGUCAACAAGCUGUACCAGGACGAAAAGGCAAGGCCUGCUUUGUUUCCUCUCAGUUCUCUUCUAAGGGAUGGUGUCGACAUUGUCUGUUUCUUCUUGGCAGGAGGAUGGGCCAGCGGCUGGGUUUAG